AUGGGCUGGCUGGAUAGUCUGAUCGCGGCCAUGGUCGUCUUCCUGAUCCUCGACGGAGUUGCCGUGGCCGCUCGCGUCUACGUCCGCACCAAGAUGCAAACGCGGGGAUUCGGUAUCGAUGACAUCGCUCUGUGCCUGACGUAUACUGGGUACAUGAUCGCGUGUGGAUUUGGGUUCGCAGCCAUGUACUACGGCUACGCGGCUGAGGACCACCGACCGUAUUACAACCCUGCCAAAUCAACCCAGUACUUAUUCGCCUGCCAACUCGCCAUCUACAUCUCGUCUGGCUUGGUGAAGAUAGCCGUAGCUCUGGUCGUCUACCGCAUUGCAGUACAGAAGAGCCUUCGCUGGCUCCUCAUCGGGUCAAUGGUCGUCGUCGCUAUCUGGACCAUUAUCACCACGAUAUACUCAUCGUACCUGUGUGCCACGGGCGGUACAAGCAACUAUGCCGGGAGUGAGACCUGCACGCGGGUCGGUUACUUCCGCACGAUUACGAAUAUCUUCAUCGAUUACUUCUACGCCCUGUUGCCGGCAUUCAUGCUUCGAAAGGUGCAAAUGAAGCUCAGAUUGAAGCUUAUCGUGGUGUUCCUGCUUGGAUUGGGGGUAUUUGCAAGCUCCACCACCAUCGUUAAGCUCGUCGUUAUCAUCAGGCUCACGCACGCGAGCAAGGCAGAAGCCGAGGGCCUCCACUACCAGCUCCUCCUCUGGGCCGUCAUCGAGCUCGGCCUCGCCAUCUUCGCCGCUUCCCUCGCGGCGCUACGGCCGCUACUCAGACAUCUGCCCGCGUUUUGGAACAUGAGUCGGACGCCGAAGAGUAACGCGAGUGAUGCUGUCGGGCCCUACCACGAGCUGGCUCUGGCAAGUGAGAUGGGUCGCUCGAGUACGAAGACGGGCGGGGCGAGCCGCCUGAGUAAGAACACGCACGAGCUAUCUGUGGUUCGGUCGGUGUCUAGGGGGGACGAGGUGCAUGUGGCUGCGGCGUCUGAUGACGCGCUGGUAUGA